AUGCCUUUCCAUCCCGCCUUUCCUACGGAAACUAUUAACGAAAACGAAGCAACUAUUAACCGAUUAAUAACGGAAAAAGAAGAAUUGAUUAAGCAACUAACUGAAAUACAAGAGCAAGGAGUAGGAGAAACGAACCAAACUAGGCUUUUUGAACUAAUUAAACAACUAGAAAAAAAAGAGGCGGAAAGUCAAGAACUAAAUCAAACUAAUCAGUUUUUAGAACAAGAAUUAAUCGUUUUACAAAAUCAAAUAAAACAAAAAGAGCAAGAGAUAAGGCAGGCCAACCAAGAAAUUAAACAAAAAAACCAAAACUUAACUAAUUUAGAAACCAAUUUAGAGGAAAAAGACCAGCAAAUAAAUAAACUUCGUCAGCGGUGCCAGCAACUAAACGAAAAGGAAAAGAAAUACCGCCACAGUAGAGAAAGGUUAGAAACCGAUUUAGAAAAAGUGCUUAGUCAGCAAACCCAGCAAACGCUCCAAGUACGGAAAUACCAAGCCCAAAUUCAAUAUUUAAAGGAAAAGAACCAAAAAUUAGAGAGCGAACAAAUUCAAUUAUUAACGGAAUUACAACAAAACCAAAACCAGCAAGAGCCAAUUAGUAAAGAACUAGCCGCCAAAGAACAAAAAUUAACCGAAUUACAAGCUACUUUAAGCAUCCGCGAAGAAGAAUUAGAUAAUUUAGUAGAAGAGUUAAGAAACAAAGAAGCGGGGGUUUCUUUGGCCGAAUAUGAAGAAUUAAAAAAGGAACUAGAAGCUGGAAAAAAAGAUUACCAAACUAUUAUUAACCAUUAUGAAAACUUACUAGCUAACUCCCAUAUAGAACUAGCCCAGCAAAAGAAAGAAAAAGAAAAGUUAGAACAGCAAAAUAAUACUGAAAAUAAUCAGAACUGA